AUGACACCUAUACAUUUUACAUUUACCUCCGCCUUUAUUCUAAGUUUACUUGGUCUUACAAUUCAUCGUACCAGUCUUCUCUCAGCACUCCUUUGUCUAGAAGGUAUAAUACUUACUUUAUAUAUUGCCUUAACUUUAUGAUCAGUUGAAAAUAGUUCAUCCGCAUAUUUAAUAAGUCCGUUAAUCUUAUUAGCAUUUUCAGCAUGUGAAGCAUGCACAGGUCUUAGUCUCUUAAUCGCUACUACCCGCACUCACGGUAAUAAUCAUCUUCAAAAUCUAAAUUUAUUACAAUGUUAA